UCAGGAGUCCUUGCAGAAAACCCAUUGAAGUCCAUCAGAGAGUUUUCCAGUAAAAUUCAGACAAUGUGGAGCUUGAACAUAAGGUUCAGCACUUGGACACCUAUUGCAAACAAAUCAUUAAACAAGCAGCUCUUUGAGGAAAGAGCUAGUCUCAUAAACCACUGGUUUGAUCUGUGGACAGACAAGCAGCGAAAACAAUUCCUCCAGACAAUAUUGAUGAGAUGCAGUAAAUCACAACUGAAGUUUACCCAAAACUGGCUUGGAGAGAGGAUUCCAGUAACCAAAGUGGAUUUCACCAGAAUGCUACCACGUUUCAUUUCUCUAUACAUCUUUUCCUUUCUCAGCCCUAGGGAGCUGUGUGCAGCUGCUCAAGUCGACUGGCAUUGGAAGUUUAUAACUGAACAGGACUGCUUAUGGAUGCCAAAAUGUGUGAAGUUUGGAUGGUUCCUGCCAUACACUCCAGCAGAUAAUGAAUAUAGUGCUUGGAAGAGACAUUACAUAGACUGUGCAACCAGCUUACAUUACUUCACCCCAAGAGAAGCCACUGAAAUCUACGGGACCCUUAAUGAACCAAAAGCUGAAAACGAGGAGCAGGAAGAAAGGCUAAGAGAAAAACGGCUACGAAAAAUGAUUUGGGAGAGAUUAGCAUUACACAAGAGGGAGUUAUUCAAAACUCGACUGCCUUGGACGAGCGGGACUCGGAGUUCCCGAUCCUUAAAAUCACGAUUGCAGCCAAAGCAGGCCCAGGCAAUCCAGGAUCGAGCAAGACUACACACAGCUUUGCAACUAUUUAGGGAAAAGAGCACUCUUUCGAAUCAUACUCUUUCAAUGCUGCCUUCUGAAGAAAUGAAAUCCAAGUUUAAUCUAGCAGCAGAUAAACAGCUUGUUUUGGCCUCCUUAAAAUCUUUGCCCAGCCCCAAAAGACAGAAUGUAACUGGAAGGAGAUCCUACCCUGGGUUACCUAACAAACACUGUCAGAGUGUCUACCAAAAAUACAGCAGCUUUGCAUACCCACUUGAGCCAUACCUGGUCUUGAUAUCAUCCCAGAUUCCUGCAUUUGAGAUGGUGCUGGACAGCAUCAAACCUGGGGUGAUUCCUGUGUUGUAUGAACAUUGUGGAAUGACAUUGGAAAGCCUCCUUUUUUAUGUAGAAAAGGCUCUGGAUGGUCGAAAAGCAAAGAGUAUUGGGAUUUUUAGCAAUGGAGACUCCAGGGAGAUCAAUUUACUUCAAGGCUGCAGAAUCAAUAUUAAGAACAUUCUGAGUCCUGAAGUGAGGGAAUUUUGGGAGAAGCUAAGUGGUUGCGUCAUCUCUCCAGAAGAAGGUGGCCAGGUGGACAUCUUUGUGCCUCUAGCAGCAUCAGAGGCAGGGAUGGAAGUCCUUUCCAAGCUGACUCAUCUAACUGGUGUGCUCUUCAGAACCCCCACAGGAAUUGCCACUGGAUCUUUUCAGCACAUUUCAGUGAGUAUAAAAAUAUCAGUCCUUAGUGACUGGCUGGGAAAACAGAAAGAUGGACCUCCCAUCUCCACCUACUUCACUGAAGUAAAACUACAGAUAUGGCUCAGACUGACAGAGCUCCUGGAAGAGACACUGAAAUCUGUCAGGAAGCAGAUGAAACCAUAUUUAAGUGAGCUGCAGAAGAACAUUAGUGGCAGGAUUAUUGGUCAGCUUAUGUUUGGUAUGAUGAGCAGUGCCAACAUACAUACUAAUCAAGAAACAGCCCAGAGGUUCACUGAUGAAUUAGCUGAGCUUUCAAAAAGAAGCUACGAUAAACUUCAGAAGGACACUGCAGACAGACGAACUAGAUGCGCCUGGGAGCUCCUGACAAGUGAGAAGAACUAUGUGCACAUGCUGGAAACCGUGAGGAAUGUUUAUGUUAUACCACUAAAAGCAGCAUUAGGAUCAAAUCGAGCCAUCCUAAGUCAUAAUAAUGUUCAAAUAAUCUUCUCUGAUAUCUUGGAUGCCUUACAACUCAAUAGGAAUUUUUUAAAUGACCUAACUGAAAGAGUUCAAGAAUGGAGUCCAACCCAGUGCUUGGGUGAACUAUUCACUCAGUUUGGCCGGCACCUUCAAACAUACACAAACUUCUUCAACAACUACACUAUCAUUCUGAAAACCAUUGAUACAUGCAGAGAGACCAUUCCUUUAUUCCGUGCCUUCUUGAAAAGACAUGAUAGGACUGCUGUUACUAACAUGAUGAGGCUACAGGAACUGCUGCUGUGUCCUUAUAAAAGAUUUGAAGAGUAUCUUAACCUUCUUUAUGCUCUGAGACUGUACACUCCUCCAGAACAUGCUGACCGGGAAGAUUUGACUUCUGCAAUAAAGAUGAUGAAACAAUACAAGGAAUACAUAAAUCAGCUAAAACUGAAUACGAGCAGGGAUGAGCACAUGAUAACUGCACAACGAGUCAUCCAAGGAUGUCCUAAUUUAUUAGAACCCAACAGGUAUCUGAUCAUGGUACAAGAUGUAAUCCAGUUUAGCUGCUGUUCUGAGGAAAUCUGUGUUUCAUUCAGGCUCUAUGAACAUAUCCACGAUCUUCGCCUUUUCCUUUUCAAUGAUGCACUUGUUAUUUCACACCGUCGCAUCUCCUAUAUACCAUUUGAACGGACCCCCAAAACAACUUACCAGUUCCUAGCAACAGUAGCUCUUCACAGGCUGGUUGUAGAAGACAUUCCACAUACAAAAUAUAUCAAGAAUGCAUUUACUCUACAAGGCCCAAAACGUAAAUGGAUUUGUUCUACCGAGGAUGAAGAUGACAAAUUUACAUGGCUAUCCACAUUGCAAAGUGCAAUCAACUGUAGCAUGAAGAACUGAGAUUCACCUUAGUAUUUCAGAUGCCUAACUUGUAAGCAUAUGCUAAUUAUCUGAACACAGACCUAUUUUGUGCAGUUUCCUACUCUGAGGAGCUUUUCCUCAAAUUUAGCAUAAUUACCAAGAAAUUAGCAUUCCUUUCAAUCGUAGUUCAUAGAAUACCAUCAUGCCUAACUCAGACUGAAGAUUAGUUAUAGAAAUGUAGCCGUGUUAGUCUGGUGUAGCUGAAACAAAAAACAGAACUAUGUAG